AUGAAGCGGGUCUGGCUUCGGAUUGGUCUAUUAACGGUAACCUCGCUUAGCCUUAGUCGUUGGCAGCGGAGGACUUUCAUGCAAGUGUCCAAUAUUUCUGCAGCCACAUCACUUCGGUCAGUGGUAGAUCGAGUCUCGGCCCGGAAGACAACGACCUUUCGAAUAAAUUGUUCCCGUGCUGCAGCCAUUCUUCUCCCACCAAGCCAGCAACCUCGACGGCGAGAAGCAGGCUCUGUCGCCUAUUGCCGAGAGAAUCAGCGACAACCCGAUGACGAUGCAGUGCGACCUGACCCAGAUCAUCUACGGCACAAUGGUCAGGGAUGGCUGUUCAAGAAGAACAUAGAGAUAGAGGGACGCUCUAGGGUGGUGGGCUCAGUCCAAAUACUAGGGCAUGCGCGAAAUAGUGGGCAGGAGAGAAAGAACAUGGUCGUAUGGGAGUUGUAUGAGAAUGAAAAGCUAAAGACCGCCAUUCUGACCUUCGUGCAGGCAGCCGCGCUGCUAAAGAGGGGCAAAACUCCUGAACACCCGGGCGGCGAGGAGUUCAGCAUCGAUAUCGCCAUCAGCGGAGAGGUGGACAGACGCAAGUCGGUCAGGGAUAUAUGGGGAAGCGCCUCGACGAGAAACUUCUCCGGCAAGAGCAGUAAAGGAGAGGCCGUUAUAUUCGACCCGAAGCAGAGCAGGGGAACCGUUGGACGACUACAGGCAGUUGGCGAAUCUCUGGGCGCGGGUGGAGGAGAAGCCCCAGGAACAGGAGCCAGCACCCAUCGAGACGCCGGAAAAGAAGAUGCUGAGUCAAUCAAUCGAUCUGAUGAGGGAGGAAAGGAGCUUGCUACAGGAGAUCUCACAGCUGGGAGGUGCAGGACCCGGCAUGUCGGUCGACGCCGAUCCAGCCUACGUCACUGGUUAGAUGGAAGAGGAUGUUAA